AUGACAACAAGGUGGUUGAACAUUGCAGUAGUGUUUGCCUGUUUAAUGGCAGCAUUCUGUAUUGCGGUACCUUUGAUGCGUUUAUCUUCUGAUCAUAAUGGUAUUUUUAUGUCAAAUAUUCACAAGAAACAGUAUCCAUUAAGGAUACCAAAAAUAUCAACUAAAAAAAGAUUUUUACUCUUAAAGAACACUGAUCGAGUUUUAUCAAUAGGUCCUCUAUCACCGUAUGAAUAUUCAAGGAAAUUAUUAGCUGAAAAGUUGCAGACUGAAAGCAACAACAAUGAUGACGAUUAUAAUAACAACAAUUUAAGGCCAAAACGAAGCUUCAAAAAUGCUGUGAUUGAAGGAGCAAAUUGUGAGCAUAUUGAACUGAUUGACUGUGAUAAUUAUACAACAAAUGAUAUGGAAUGUAUGGUUACUGCAACGGGUAUGACUUGUUGUAUUUGCACUGGAGAAUUGAAAAAAGAAUUUACUGAUUAUAGCAUUUUUCGGUAG